AUGGCUAAUGAAGAAAAAGAAAAUAUUUCUGACAAAUUAUCUGAUCGUGAACAAGAAGUCAUAAUUAUUAAACAUGAUGAUAAAAAUGUUGGUGUCACUACGUUAAGCUAUAAUCGUGGUGUAGAUGGGUCAAGCUCUGAUAGUAGUACCACUAAUGAUAACAAGUAUCAUAUCGCAAUUUGUCAGGAUGGGGAAAUUUGUCGCUACAUUCGAUACCGAAACUCUUCAAAUUAA